AUGAAUAACAAGCUAAAUUAGAAUAUAAAGUAAAUUUAUCACAUUGCCAAAGGAAUUUAUUUUAUUUCAUAAGAUUAUGAGGAGGAGUAUGGAUUAUUAUUGAGUAGAAUGAAAAUAUGUCUUUCGAUAUUAGGAAAGAUCGAAAAACUUUUAAAAUUAUUAAAAUAUUUAUUUUAUUUAGUUAAAACCGAAAUAGUCAUUUCAACAAAAAAAUUUAAAAAGUUUGUAAUAUUAUACUUUGUCAAUUUUAUAUUGAUUCUGUGGUUGUAAAACUAGACGAUAUUGAAAAUAAAAAUGGUGAAUUUUAGAAUACCCAAAUACCAAGAAUGGGAUUUAGAUUAUCAAAUAUAAAUAGAACAUAUAAGAUACACAAAUGCAAAAGAAUAAUAUAAAAAAUAAAACAUAUUGCAAAAAUAAGAAGAUAAAAAGCAGGACAAAUAGCCAAUGUAGUUGUAAUAAAUGAAGGACAUAAACAAUAAAAAACCUUAUAAAGAAGAAGACAGAGAUUAGGUCAAAGAAAUAAAAAGGAUAGUGAAGGAAAAUGGAGAAAGGAUGAUUACUAGGAGAUAGAUAUAAAUCUUAUUGGAUUAAGCUAUGAAGUAUAUAAACUUAUUAGACAUAGAAAGAUUAAAAUAAACAAAAUACACACUAGAAAUGAGACUUAUACCAAUAAAUACGGUAGCCCACAAAUACUGAAAAAUGAUUAAAUAAGACAAAUAUGUGUACAAUCACAUGUAAUUAAAUUAAUAGAAAUGUUCUAUACGAAAAACCUAUAAAGAAAAAUGCUUUAUAAAAUAGGAAUAGAUCAAGUAAAAUUUGUAUAGGAUGAAGAGUUCAAAUAAAUCUAUUUUAAGUAAUAGAAUUUCAAAAAAUAAUAGGUGAAGAUAAAUAUGUAAUGUUUAUAGAUCUAUCCAAUGAUUAUAAUACAGUAGAUAAAAACAAAUGAAUUGGAAAUGAUAGGAUGUUACAAAAAAGAAUCUUAUAAGUAUCUUGGAAUUUGGUUAAACAAAAGAGAAUCUGCAAUUAAACAUUGUAAAAAAUAUAUGUAAUCAUCACAAAAUUGA